AUGGGUUCUACCGACGCCAAGCUCAUCCUGUACACCAACCACAGAUGCCCAUGGGCACACCGGGCUCACAUCAUCUUGGAGGAGCUCAAGGUUCCCUUUGAAGAAGUCAUCAUCGACCUUGACACCCCUCGCACACCGGAGUACUUGAAGAUCAACCCGAGAGGCCUGGUCCCUGCACUCUCUUACAACGGCGAGAUCAUCAUCGAGUCUGCCAUUGUCGCGAACUUCCUGGCGGACGCCUACCCAUCUCAUCUCCUGCCGCCCUCCAACACACCCGAGGGUGCGCUGCGCCGUGCACGUGUUGCAUUAUUUGUAGACGCCUUCAUCUCCAAGUUCAACAGCCAGCUGUUUGCCCUCUACACAGCAGAGGGCGAAGCUGCGAGAGCCGAGAUCGCAGACAAGGCCGUCGCCGCCCUUGUGAAGGAAGUUGAGCCGUUGCUUGCAGACGCCAGCCCUUAUUUCGGUGGCAGUGACAAGCUCACACAGGCUGAGGUUUUGACUGGGUCAUUCGUCAUCCGUCACAAGAGCUUGUCCAAGACGGAUCUCUACCCCUCCAACCUGUGGCCAUCGAUUGUCGAGAAGGCUCCCAACUUUGCCAAAUGGGCCGAAGUUGUCGCUGUACACCCGAGCGUGACUUCCAUCUUUAAGGAGCAAGAGAUCAUUGACGGGACCCGGGCCAGGAUUGCGAAGCUCAAGGCUCAGAAGCAACAGUAA